GUGAGGCUUUGAGGCCUUAAUUUGGGCGUUGAGGCCGUAACUGGGGGUGAAGCAGGUUUCCGUGCUCCCUGGUAUGAAUCAGUUCAAGUGUAUUUUCUUGGGGACAGUUGACCCGAAGAGCCCCCUUGCUCACCUGAAGAGAGCCUGUGACAUGCAGAAGUGUAUCCGUGCUGGAGGGAAGCACAAUGACCUAGAUGACGUCGGGAAGGACACGUACCACCACUCGUUCUUCGAGAUGCUUGGCAACUGGUCCUUCGGAGAUUAUUUUAAGGAGGAAGCAAUCUCAUGGGCGUGGGAGCUUCUGACGGAGGUGUAUGGUCUUCCUAAGGAUCGCAUCUAUGCGACCUAUUUCGGAGGGGACAAGAAGCUGAACCUUGGAGCAGAUGAUGAAGCUAGAACUAUCUGGUUGAAGUAUCUCCCUGAGGAAAGAGUCCUGCCCUUUGGAUGUAAGGACAAUUUUUGGGAAAUGGGCGACCAGGGUCCGUGCGGCCCUUGCACGGAAAUACACUACGAUAGAAUUGGCGACCGUGAUGCCUCGUCAUUUGUCAAUGCUGAUGACCCAACGGUUAUUGAAAUCUGGAACAACGUGUUCAUUCAGUUCGUCCGGUUGUGCAAMCAUGUCGACACUGGACUGGGCUUCGAGCGCCUGACGUCAGUCCUGCAGAACAAGAUGAGCAACUACGAUACCGACGUCUUCGAGCCCAUGUUCAAUGCCAUCCAGCAGGUCACAGGUGCUCGUCCUUACGAGGGGAAGUUGGGUGAGGAAGACGUUGGCAAUGUUGAUAUGGCAUAUCGAGUGGUUGCCGAUCACAUACGGACUCUGUCCUUCGCAAUUGCAGAUGGAUCACGACCAGGUAAUCUGGGUAGAGAAUAUGUUCUUCGAAGAAUUUUGAGAAGAGCAGUUCGAUAUGGGAGGGAAGUGCUCAAAGCUCCGGAAGGGUUYUUCAGCAGCCUGGUGCCCACUGUUGUGGAAACCAUGGGUGAAAUUUUCCCAGAAUUGGUGAAGCAGGAGUCCAAGAUCAAGAGUAUUAUUGCCGAAGAAGAGUCAAGUUUUGGAAGGACUCUUCUGAAGGGUAUUGACAGAUUCAACAAGGCAGUGAAGGAGGUCAAGGAUGGGAAAUUAAGCGGUCAGGAUGCGUUUGUGCUGUGGGAUACGUUUGGCUUCCCKGUAGAUUUGACCCAGCUCAUGGCAGAAGAGAGGGGCUUGACUGUCGACGUGGCAGGAUAUGAGAAGGCAAUGGAAGAGUCUAGAGAAAUGUUGAGGACUGCCAGGGUUAAGGAUGAUGCCAGCAAGGAACAAGACAGCGAGCAGAUUGCUACCCCAUUGCAUACGCUUGAGAGCUUGUGCAUGCGAUGCGAAGAAAACGGCACCACACAAGUGCUUAUGACAAAGAUUCCCCACUUCAGAGAAGUCGUUCUGAUGGCCUUUGAAUGCCCCCACUGCGGCGAGAGGAAUAACGAGAUCCAGUUUGCAGGCCAGCUCCAGCCACAUGGGUGCCAGUACAAGCUUGCCAUUUCGCCGGGCGCUUCGUUUGAAGAGGACAUGAAUAGGCAAGUGGUGAAGUCUGACUCUGCAGCCAUUUACAUCCCUGAGUUGGAGUUUGAAGUACCGCCAGCGUCACAGAAAGGCAGCCUGUCGACGGUUGAAGGAAUUCUCAGGAGGGCAGGCGAUGGACUCCGUGAGUCGCAGGAUGAGCGGCGGAAAAUCGACCCWGCGGUUGCCGACGCAAUCGAUGCAUUCUUAGGAAAGUUAGAYGCUUGUGUACAAGGCAAGUCUGCGUUCACAGUGAUCCUUGAUGACCCUGCUGGAAAUAGCUUUAUUGAAAAUCCURGAGCGCCWGCGAAAGAUCCCUCGAUGUCGGUUACGCACUACGAGCGCUCGAAAGAGCAGACUCGGGCGCUUGGGUUCUUGACAGACGAUACGGUGUCCGGCGAGCAAGGAGGCGCCUUUGGGUUGGAGGCRGAGCAGGUCUGCRCCAUGUCGAACAGGGAUGGCACCGAAGGUGUUGGYGGUGGUGCUGCRGGCGCAGAGAGUGGYGGUGUUGCAGGCAGCACUGCUGCAAUGACGAAGUAUGUGCCUGCAGGAACGCGCCGACCACAUGGAGCCGUCGGUGCUGUCGCUGCAAAUCRUGCGAUUGCUCAGGCCACUAGCGAGGACAUGUUUGCUGCCAUCUGCAAAUACUCAGCACCCGAAGAGGUCAUGGUGUUUCCUUCCACAUGCGGAGCUUGUGCGGUCCCAUGUGAGACACGGAUGUUUGUCACUAACAUCCCUUACUUCAAGRAGGUCAUUGUCAUGGCAUCCACCUGUGAYGCAUGUGGUUACCGSAACUCCGAGUUGAAACCYGGUGGUGCCAUCCCAGAGAAGGGGAGAACAAUCACAGUGAGAAUAGAGGAUGAAGMAGACCUGAAGCGCGAUGUCAUAAAGUCCGACACAGCRGGUGUCCAGAUACCAGAAUUGGAAUUGGAACUGUCUCCAGGGACACUUGGCGGUCUUGUGACGACAGUCGAGGGGCUUUUGACACAGAUCAGUGAACGCUUGAAGAGUGUGCAUGGAUUUGGCUUUGGGGACAGCGCGCAGGAGUCACAGAAGCAGAGAUGGGUGGAUUUUGAUAGGAGGCUGCGCGAUCUUUUGACAUUAGCUAAGAUGCCAUGGACGUUGAUCCUUGACGAUCCACUUGCUAACUCAUUUAUAGCGCCUGUUACGGAUGUCAUGGCGGACGACAAGCGGCUGAAGAUCGAGGAAUUCGAAAGGACUUACGAACAGAAUGAGGAACUGGGGCUUACGGAGAUGGACACAAGCGUAGCAGAUGCUGCAUACCAUAGUAGCAAAGAGUAACUGGGAGUUUUGAUUUCCACCAAGAAUUUUGUUUCCUGUCUGGGAUUCUUUCAGCUGGCAAGAGUUGUGUGACCGCUAUGAUUAGGCUAGGGCUGUAGUACCAUCCAUGUGAAAUUGGAUAUGGGAGGACAGUUUUUCCACUGAGUUUGUACUUGUAUAGUCGACGGGAAUGCCAGCAAGGGAAAGUGGGGAUUGAUUUGGACCAUCCAUGUGAAUUCCACAUCCAUCAGAGGACACGGCAGUUUUUCGAAAACGAGUUUUGUACUUGUAUAGUUGAUGGAAAUGUCUACAGCAAGGAAAACUGGAGACUACUGAUUUUUGAACUGUUUCUGAGUCUUACCUGUUGAUKGAGUUCCAUCUUUGCUCUCCUGAAUUUUCCGUCUUUCCAUUUGCAUGUUUUCUUCAUCCCCGUCCUUUUGUCUUUCUGAAUAUCUUUCUGUUUAUUCAGUUACUUGAUUGGCUCAAAAUGGUGCGAUCUUUUGCGAUGUUAUUGGCGAUCUUGCCGGUGGUGUACUUCUGCGAGCCUUUUGCCAUCAAAUGUCUUGGUUGUCUGCCUGUGAGAUGUGACCUUCUUGGAUUUUGCAUUGUCAUUGGGUACUCAGGGUCAUGGAAUAACAUCCACGCUGGGGUGAGGUGAAAUGCCCCACAAGGGGUGUUACUUUCGUCCCAUCACUCUACCUAUUCGUUUGGUGAUCCGCCUCUUUGGUGGCAGGUCAUAGGUUCGAUUCAUAGAGAGUGGGUCUUGGACCUCUUGUGUGUAAGCAAGCAUUGCAACCCGAGUGACAACCUUAUGGAAUGAGAGAGGAGGAGGGUAAAGCAAGCACGGGAACUGCAGGCAAUCAAAACAGGGAAGUGAA